AAAUCACACUGAAAUGCUUCAGAAACCUCAGCCUGUAUGCAUACGGUUUUUAGAUUACCAAAUGAGCAAAUCAGUAAUGAAAGUUUCUUGAAAGAGUGCAGUAGAUUGGGAAGACGCAACAAUAUCAAGUGACUUUGCUGGAAGAGAAACAACAUACUCGUAAAACACAUUCCAAAGAAGAAAAAGUAAUAAAAAAAGGUCGAUUCAAGCCAGCAAAGCAGGGAAGCAAGCCAAGUUGUUAAUUAAAGCCGCCAGUUGGCUAUAACGGCUCAAAAAAGAAAGUUUGUAGUUAAGUUCUGCAAACUUUGAUUAUGACGGAGGAUAUCACAGUGAGUCCACCUGAAGAUCCAGAGAAAUCGCUUUGUUUUCAAGGACCUUGGGCUUGGAUUAUAUUAAUUUUACUCAUUCUUGGUGCCAUAAUAUUUAUUAUGUAUUUGCUGCGUAAAUGUUUUCAAAAUCCGUAUUAUCGUAAAGCGAAUCGCAUCGAUGGAAAAGUUGUUAUUAUCACUGGUUGCAACACUGGCAUUGGCAAAGAAACCGCUUUAGAGCUAGCGCAACGCGGCGCAAAAAUUUAUAUGGCUUGCCGUGAUUCAGCACGAUGUGAAGCUGCACGUCUAGAAAUCAUACAACGCACACAGAAUCAGCAAGUAUACAAUCGCACUUUGGACUUAGCAUCACUGGCUUCAGUACGACAAUUUGCUGAGAAUUUCUUAGCCGAAGAGCCACGCUUAGAUAUUUUAAUCAAUAAUGCCGGCUUAAUGGCAACACCACGAAAACUCACUGCUGAUGGCUUUGAACAACAGUUUGGUGUGAAUCAUUUGGGACAUUUUCUUUUGACUAAUUUAUUAUUGGAACGCAUCAAGGCUUCAGCACCUAGUCGUAUUAUUGUGGUCAGCUCAGCAGCACAUUUACUUGGGCGUAUAUACAAAAAUGAUAUAAACAGUGAAAAAAGUUAUUCUAAAUUUCUUGGCGCUUACUGUCAGAGUAAGCUUGCAAAUAUAUUGUUUACUAGAAAAUUAGCUGAGAUGUUGAAAGAUACUAAAGUGACUGUUAAUGCCUUACAUCCUGGUGUAGUGCGUACGGAACUGACACGUUAUACAAACGAAAACUCAACUUGUGUAUGGGCUUUGAUACGUGCAUUUGUUAGACUUAGGCUUAGAGAUGCAAAAGCUGGAGCUCAGACAACAUUAUGUUUGGCAUUGGAUCCUGAUUUGGAAAAUAAAACAGGGGGAUAUUAUGAAGAUUGCAAACCGCAUUUUCUUCCACCAUGGGCUAAAAAUAAAGAAACGGCAGAGUGGUUAUGGAAAGAAAGUGAAAAAAUGGUCGGCCUACAGCCAAGCGAUGAAAUAUCAAGUGUUGUUGUCAAUCCAUAAAAGUGAAAGUGCAUUAGUAAUUUAAAAUAAUUUUUGAAUUAUUGAAUUUCAUGAUACGCAAGAGAUUGAAGUGAAAUGAAGAAAAAAAAAAGAAUUAUAUAUAUAUACUGAAAAAUAUUUUAUUUAAAAAUUCCACUUUUACUUUCAAGAAUUACUAGCCAAAUUUUGGAAAUAAAAUAAGAGCAAAUAAUUUAUUCAAGUUCAAGUUCAUCAUUAAUCAAAACUGAAACAAAUAUAAGAAUAAAUAAUGUUUAUUUAAUGCAAGUUUAUGUUUAUUAAUAACCAAAAUUUAAACAAAUAACAUAAAAAUAACUAAUAAUUUUUUCAAACUUAUCAUUA